AUGGAUGGUGCGGGAGCUUUUGAAGUUGCAGCUAGACAAUAUCUAAUUAAUGAAGUUAAGAAAGCUGUUCAAGGGCGUGCCCAAUUGGGUGUUGAAGCUUUUGCUGAUGCCCUUCUUGUGGUGCCCAAGACACUUGCUGAGAAUGCUGGGCUUGACACUCAGGAUGUCAUUAUUGGUCUUACGGGAGAGCAUGACAGAGGUAAUAUCGUGGGUCUGAACCAUCAAACAGGAGAACCAAUGGACCCCCAAAUGGAGGGUAUAUUUGAUAAUUACUCUGUUAAGCGCCAAAUUAUAAACUCAGGGCCUGUGAUUGCUUCACAGUUGCUCUUGGUAGAUGAAGUGAUUCGCGCUGGCAGAAACAUGCGAAAGCCAACGUAAGCCAUGUUUGUGUGCUUCAGGUUAAUACUUUUUGGCUUAUGCUAUCCUGUUUUAUGGUUUGGGUUUCUCAUGGAGAAUCUUCUACUGCAACGAGAACUGAAACGGUCUUUUUCUUUUAGAGGAAAUAUCCAUUUUCUUAAUGUUCAAUUAGUUUUCAGCUUAAAUUGAACAUUUUUUCUUGUCA